GUAUUCUACAAAUCAAAAUAAUAAAACAAACAAGAGAAUAGAGCCGUUGAUCAGGGAGAUGGAGUGUUUGAAAAGGUAGAUUAAUCAUAUAUUACGUACGAACUAUAAAUUGUUUUACGAUCAAAAUCAUAGAUUCAUUCGUAGGUUAUCCCGAGAAACACGCGAGCAAUGUGGUGAGUGCAUCAUGCAAGCCUCUGCAAUUGUCUCUGUUUCUGUCUCUUUCUUCCCUUUUUCGGAAGUCAGCGUCACCGCUUCAUCAUCGGUGAAAUACCCAAAACCAGACACCGCGAUCAACUGAUUACAACAGUUUCUUCAUAGCGAGUUCUGUCUUCAAAAUCAUUGCUUUAUGUUGGUGUCUUUCUGGGUUGGUUGCUUCUUCCACAAUGGUAGAGAGAGAGAGAGAGAGAGAAAGAAAGGAAAGAAAGAGUUUGGAGGAAGAUAGAGCGACAUACUGAGAAGGGGGUCCUACUGCUUAAUUUUUUAGGGGCAUCAACAGUCUCUGUCCAUGAUUUUUACUUGGGUUGGGUGGUGCUGCUGUGUCCUCAAAUUGACCCAUCCAAUCACCAUCACUGUAUUCAGCAUCACACUCCUUUCUAUCUCACCAUUUUGAUCAAUAAACCAAAGCUUCUCUCUCUCUCUUUGGUCCUUUUUCCAUCACUAGGAGGAUUUCAAAUUGGUCAUUGAGGGUGGCUCAAAAGCUCUGCUUCUGGUCAAACGGGACAAAGUGGAUCUCACUCAUAUGAAGAGACUUUCAACUUUGGUGGAUGGGUUUUUGGUUCUUGCAUUGUUCAGUUGUAGCACAUGGACAGUGUGGAGCAGCUCAUGCUGCAAUCAGAUAAACUCGUACGAAGUCCGGCCUCACAGUGUCAGUAUUACUGAAUUUGGAGCUGUUGGCGAUGGGAUCACUCUCAACACAAUAGCAUUUCAGAAUGCCAUCUUCUACCUAAAUUCAUUUGCGGACAAAGGUGGAGCCAAGCUUUUCGUCCCGGCUGGCCGGUGGUUAACAGGAAGCUUUGAUCUCAUCAGUCAUCUAACUUUGUGGUUGGACAACGAUGCAGUAAUUCUUGGAUCAAUGAACUCUGACGACUGGCCAGUUGUGGAUCCUCUACCAUCAUAUGGUCAUGGAAGGGAGUUGCCGGGUGGAAGGCAUAGAAGCCUCAUUUAUGGACGCAAUUUAACUGAUGUUGUCAUAACAGGUAACAAUGGAACUAUAGAUGGUCAAGGGAGUAUCUGGUGGAACAAUUUUUGGAACAAAACACUGAAUUAUACACGUCCUCAUUUGGUUGAGUUGAUGAAUUCAACUGGGGUUCUCAUUUCAAAUGUAACUUUCAUGAAUUCACCAUUUUGGACUAUUCACCCUGUAUACUGCAGCCAUGUAACAAUUCAGAACGUCACAAUCAUUGCUCCUCUUAGUUCACCAAAUACAGAUGGCAUUAAUCCAGAUUCUUCAGACAAUGUAUGCAUUGAAGACUGUUAUAUAAGCACCGGUGAUGAUUUAAUUUCCAUCAAAAGUGGAUGGGAUGGAUAUGGCAUUUCAUUUGGUCGACCCAGUACAAAUAUUAACAUC